GCGGUGCUUGCGGCGGAAGUUGCCGUCUCAGGUCACGCGGGAGGCCCUGCGGCGCGCAGAGCUAGGGUUCAGAAGGCAUGGCACUCUGGCGGGCGUACCAAAGGGCCCUGGCUGCUCACCCGUGGAAAGUCCAGGUCCUGACGGCUGGGUCCCUGAUGGGCCUAGGUGACAUUAUCUCACAGCAGCUGGUGGAGAGGCGGGGUCUGCAGGAACACCAGACAGGCCGAACCCUAACCAUGGUGUCCCUGGGCUGUGGCUUUGUGGCCCCUGUACUAGGAGGCUGGUACAAGGUGUUGGACCGKCUCAUCCCUGGCACCACCAAGGUGGAUGCGCUAAAGAAGAUGUUGUUGGAUCAGGGGGGGUUUGCCCCRUGUUUUUUAGGCUGCUUCCUCCCAUUGAUGGGGACACUCAAUGGACUGUCAGCCCAGGAUAAUUGGGCCAAAUUACGGAGGGAUUAUCCUGAUGCCCUCCUCACCAACUACUAUCUCUGGCCUGCUGUGCAGUUAGCCAACUUCUACCUAGUCCCCCUGCAUUACAGGUUGGCUGUUGUCCAGUGUGUUGCUGUCAUUUGGAACUCCUACCUGUCGUGGAAAGCACAUCAGUUCUAGCCUGCCUUGCUUCAUCAUUGCCACCUGCAGUGAUUCACCAUGAUCCAGGGAUUGUCAGACAGUCUCCUCAAAAUGGUCAUAUCAAUGUCCAUGGGGGUGGAAGUGCUGGUCAGAACUUGAUGAGAUGAGCACUCUGAAAUGGGACAUUUCAUUUUAAACUGUAAAUUGCUUCUGAAAAUCACUAGCCCUUUAUAAUACAUUCAUGCAAUGCUUAUCAACAGUACGUUCUGAGAACUAUCAUUAGGCAAUUUCAUUGUCAUGCAAACAUCAUUGAGUGUACUUACACAAACCUAGGUGGUAUAGAUCAGUCACUUGAUGUGGCCUCUUGAUGCAGAGAAGAGACAUGGUAAAUAUGAGGUGUAUGAGGAUUGCUACCCGUCUAAGUCUAACACCACAUAAAGGUUUUUUUGCUAAAUWAGAGAAGACUCUAAAAUAAUGAAAAGCCAGGUUCUGUGGUGUAUUCCUGUAAUCCCAACAACUCAGGAGGCUGAGGCAGGA